CCGGCAGGUUACGUGUGUUGUGCUCAGUGGGAGACCCCGAGGCCUGGAUCCUGACUCCUGCCGCAGCUGGAUUUGGAAGCCGAAGACCGAAUCGGGGGGGAGUUUGUCAGUGUGGAACAGAGGUUGUGGGCAGAAGAACUCCGCUUUUCCUCUCCAUUCAAGGACAUUGCUGGGGGGGGGUCGGCGGGGGCCCAAAGAUCAGCUCCGCACUGAGGAUUGUCGGCAGAGCAGGCGGCCUCAUGGAGCCUAGAGGACGAGGCAGGCUUCCCUGCAGGGGAUGCAUAAGCUGACAAGUCAAAGACCUGAGCUCACACAGCCAUGGGCGACUGGAACCUGCUGGGAAAGCUUCUGGAAAAGGCCCAGGAGCACUCCACCGUGGUGGGGAAGGUGUGGCUCACCGUGCUGUUCAUCUUCCGUAUCCUGGUCCUCAGUGCCGCCACAGAGAAGGUGUGGGGCGACGAGCUGUCGGGCUUCACCUGCGACACGAAGCAGCCGGGCUGUGAGAACGUGUGCUACGACGUCACUUUCCCCAUCUCUCACGUCCGGUUUUGGGUGCUGCAGAUCAUCUUCGUGUCCACGCCGACGCUGAUCUACCUGGGGCACAUCCUGCACCUGGUGCGGAUGGAAGAAAAGGACCAGCAGAAAGAGCUCGCUCAGCAUUCGGACAAGCAGGCCCUUGUUGCGGAUGGUAAGCAGAAGAAAGCUCUGGUGAGGGACAAUAAGGGUCGAGUGCGCCUGCAGGGGGAGCUCUUGCGUACAUAUGUGUUUAAUGUGGUCUUCAAAACCCUGUUUGAAGUGGGUUUCAUCGUGGCCCAGUACCUCUUGUACGGCUUCGAGCUGAAGCCCAUGUACACGUGUGACAGACCGCCCUGCCCCAAUGUGGUCAACUGCUACAUUUCACGUCCCACGGAGAAAACCAUCUUCAUCAUCUUCAUGCUGGGAGUGGCUAGCGUGUCUCUGCUCCUCAACCUCGUAGAGAUCUACCACCUGGGCUUCACCAAGUGUCGCCAGGGCAUCACCUUCAGGCGACGCCAUCGGUUCUCCAGGGGGCUCCCCAAGGAGCCCAGCGGGGCCGCGGUGCCGUACGCGCCGAGUUACGACGACUACUUCCACCAAGUCCAGCCGGCCUACCCGCCCGUACCCAGCUACGACCUCCACCCUCUGUCCGAGGGCACCGACCCGCCCUUCCACCCCUACCACAGCAAGGCGGCCUACAAGCAGAACUCUGACAACUUGGCGGUGGAAAGGAGCGGUGGCAAACCAGAGGAAAGUGACCCAAAGGGUAAAAAGGGAGCCGGGUUGGCCCCCGGGUCGCCCCCCGGGUCGGCCCCCGGGUCCCCUACGCAGGCCAGGCCAGGCCGCAGCGGCAAACACAGCAACAACAAGACUAGAAUAGACGAUCUUCAGAUAUGAGGAGGGGAGGUUUAUGUUUCUUCGUGUUGUUCCGAGGCAUUCGUACAUGCUGGAAUGACUCUCCUCUCUAAGAUGGCAAACGCUUGACUCAGUCACACUCAGAGGGG